AUGCAAAUUCCAGUCGCUCUCCGCGCUUUGGCCACGGCGGGCCUUUUCACACCCUGGGACAAGAGCCAAUGGGUCGCCUCGGACGACACUGUCCGUAACGGUGCGAGUCAUUCGGCUUUCGACAUUAUCGAGCCCGGUACCAUCAGUAACCCCUUCUCCGAGACCAUUGCGAACUUCCAUGGAAACUUGGACUAUGCGACGCUCGGUGGCGCCGGCUUCGCAUCGCAGAGAACCGUCGACGACUGGCCCAGCAUCAACAUCUCGGCCUACGACACGAUCACCUUGGAGAUCCCCUACGCCGAUGGCAAGAAGUACACCUUCAACCUCAAAGACACGGUUCCACCGCCCAUCAAUGGAGUGGAGCAGUCCGGCGUGAGCUGGGAGUUCGACUUCCAGCUUCCUGCAGUAAACCACACCGAUGGGUCUGUCGAACGGGUCGUCAUGCCGAUUUCCGACUUUGUGCCCACUUACCGCGGCCGUGUCCUAAACGACACUGCACCGCUUGACCUGUCCAGUAUCAAGAGAGUCAACUUUAUGAUCAGAAGCUUCUUUGCUGAGCAGGCUGGCGACUUCGAGCUGCACAUCAAGUCGGUGAUUGCAUCGAAGGAGGGUAGCCAGGAGUUGUAG